CUCACGCUGUCCGUUGCGUCACAUCCGGUGGCUGUUUCAAAAUGGCAGCGACCUUGUGUGGGAAGCUAGUAACUAGACCGGCAUGGCUGCCCCUGACCCAGAGUGUGCGGCACGGGUCCAAGGCUGUGACGCGUCACAGGAAGCCAGUGCACAUCCUCAAGGCGAAGCUGCUCGCCGUCACCAAAUACAUUCCCCCAAAGCCCGGCCCUCCACCUGGGGCUUUGGUCCCCCGGUCCAAAAGAGAGCAGGAGGAGAGUGGCUUGAUGAAACUGUUGACGAGAGAGCUGGAGGCCGUCUUCAAGGAUAACAAAAUGGUUGCUGUGGCCCAGAAUAAUUCCUGUAACGCAGAGGAUAUGCUGCUCUUGAGGCUUCGACUGAAAAAGCACGACAUCGCCGUCAAGUUUUUUCCAAAUCAGGUAACAAGAGCUUUCCUAUCUGAAAGUCCGUACCGAAACAUGGACACUCUGUUCAUGGGACCAACUGUCAUGCUGGUCAGCAAAGAGCCCAAAGUGAAGCAGUUGUUGCUGGCAUUGCGAGGGAGCCCGCAGAUGGUACUACUGGGUGCCAGUGUAGAGAACGCGCUGCUCUCCAGGCAGGGUCUCCUGGCCUACUCCAAGCUGCCCACGGCAGCCACCAUCCAGGGGGAGGUGGUGGGCAGCCUGAGCCUCAUGACCUCCCAGACAGCCUCCAUGCUGCGCCACCACCCGGCCCACCUCAGCGCCCUGCUCCAGCAGUACAUCAAGCAGCAGCAGAGCCCAGAGGAGCAGCAGCAGUCCCCCUCCCAGCCACCGGAGGCAGCAGCGUGAUGGCGGUGUCACGUCAUGUCAUGUCAUCGCAUUGCAUCGCAUCACCUGGACGUUACUGCUGUACCAGGCGGCUGCUUGAGGCUGCCUGGUGGAUGAGGCACUGUGUCACUGCACUCUUGAUGGUGCAAUUAUGAUGGAAAACUGAGCACAUUGAUGCGGUGCACAUGCACGCUGGAAAUUCGUGCAAUGCGUUGGUCAUGUGUGUUGCAUCAAUUUUCUUGGUUUUGAUUUGUUUUUUGAGCCUUAACGAAUUUGGUGAGUGACGGAGAGAAAGCAAGGCAAAGAGACCAUAAGGGAGAAUGCGUGGGAAGGGUGGAGGGAGAGAACAGGAAGGAUUUGCAGACUGUUAACCAUCACGUCUUUUGACUUCCUCUGUAGCCCACAUGGACUGGCAACAAGACCUGGGCACUGCUUCAAGAUAACUGUGGGAUUCAUGGUUUUGGGGGAAAUACAUGUCUGAUGGCUACCUUCAAAAAGUGUUAUUUAAAAAGAAAAAUAUACAUUCACACAAACUCUC